AUGAGCCAAGAUUUCGGUGUGGUUGAAAAGAUGCUGUAUCAGACGUCAGAACCGCACAAUUUCCCGAGAACGAGCAGUUAUUUUACCAAAGUCCGAGAAGAGAGGGCAAGAGGAAAGACGUCGGAGCAGAGACGCAUUAGCCAUAUUCCGAGGUUGCAUGGCGGAACGCCCCUUUCAUGCCAUCCCCUCCUAUCUUUGAAUAUCACAGAAAAGAUAGAAAGUCCCAUAGAAUUCGCUGGCAAAGAUUUGGAACCGCAUUCUAAGUGUAAAUUACUUAACAAAUUACAACACUUAAUCUCGCUUCUUUCUAGAUGUUCCUUUUACAAAUCUUAG